AUGUCUCCGCCGCUGCCCGCCCUGGUGAUGAUGCCCACGCUGACCCUGCUGUCCCUGCUGCCCCCCGGGCGCUGCCCCCCGGCCCCCACGCAGCCCCACGCCAUCCGGCUGGAGGGGGACCUGACGCUGGGGGGGCUGUUCCCGGUGCACGCCCGCGGCCCCGCGGGGGUUCCGUGCGGGCCGGUGAAGAAGGAGAAGGGGAUCCACCGGCUGGAGGCCAUGCUGUACGCGCUGGACCGCGUCAACGGCGACCCCCGCGUGCUGCCCAACCUGACGCUGGGCGCCCGCAUCCUGGACACGUGCUCCCGGGACACCUACGCCCUGGAGCAGGCGCUGAGCUUCGUGCGCAGCCUCCUGCCCCCCGAGGGCGGCGACGGCCGCUGCCCCGACGGCUCCGUCCCGCACCGGCCCCCGCCCGAGCGCCUGGUGGGCGUCAUCGGCGCCUCGGCCAGCUCCGUGUCCAUCAUGGUGGCCAACGUGCUGCGGCUCUUCGCGAUCCCCCAGAUCAGCUACGCCUCCACGGCCCCGGAGCUGUCGGACCCCGGGCGUUACGAGUUCUUCUCGCGGGUGGUGCCCCCGGACUCGUACCAGGCCGAGGCCAUGGUGGCCGUGGUGAGGGCGCUGGGCUGGAGCUACGUCAGCACCUUGGCAUCCGAGGGCAACUACGGAGAGAGCGGCGUGGAGGCCUUCGUGCACAGCUCCAGGGAGGCUG